UCAAUCCUUUUGUGUUGACCACAACGACCCAGCGCCGCUCUCCAGACCGCCACUCUGACUCAACUGGUGUCAAGCCUUUGAUCCCGCUCGGCUUAAUCACUUCUGCUGUUCCUCUUUGUGAGAGCCGCUUUGGUCCUGCGGCGGUUUAAUGAAGUUAGGCGAAGUGUCUUGUCUCCGGGAUCCUGCGAGGAACUCCGGCCGCCUCUAACUGGCGGCGGCGAGGCCGGGGAGAGUGACGGAGGCCCAGUAAAUUUCCACAAUGAGGUGUCUUUGGAAGUCCCCACUGUGUACAGUUCUUCUGCUUCUACUAUGUGGACAAGCACAAUGCACUACAAUAUGUGACAGUCUAGUUUGUGUCACCGACUACAAAGAUCACAUAACAUGUACCUGGAGAGUUGAUGCGUCACUGAAGCCUGAUGUUUCAUAUCAUCUAAAUGCAGUAUCGUUUUGGAGUAAUUUAUCUUGCAGUUUGACUGCAGCAACAUGUUCUGAUGAGGGCAAAGGUUUCGCUGUGUGCAGCUGUCAACUCUACCAAGAUACAGGGAUUACAACGGAAAACUACAACAUGACCAUCAUGACAAAGAGCCAUGGAGUCGAGACCAGCAGUGCAAUGUGCUCUAACUUUUCCACAGCAGAAAACAUUAAACUCAUUGCACCAUUCAAUUUCACCGUCUCAACCAUAGAUCCAUGUGAGGCGUACAACUUCACAUGGCAAAUAGUCUAUGGUGAAAUGGAUUACAUUAACGAAAUUGAGUAUGAGCUAAGAUACAAGAGGAUGCAAGAUAACUGGGAGCUCCAGAUAUCCAAAUAUGAUCAAAGUAACCGGGGGCUUCUCCAGCUGGUUGCCUCGGAGCUCGCGGAAGACACGGAACACGUGGCACAGAUCCGCAGCCGGCCUGCCGUGAACUCCGGGUAUAAGGGGAUCUGGAGUGACUGGAGUCCCCCGGUGAAGUGGAAAACAGAUUUGUGUAAAACCAAUACUGGCCAGGUGUCUUUGAUAAUGAUUGUGUGUGGGGUAGUAUCUGUGAUCUUCGUUUUCAUUGCCGUGAUGACCAAUAAACCCGAAAGACUAUGGAAGAAACUGUGGGUGAUUACUCCUGACCCAGCUCCAUUCUUCAAGCCGUUGUUUGUGGAACAUGGAGGAAAUUUCACGAAGUGGGUCAAUGCUCGAUAUCCAGAUGCAUUGUAUGAAAUCAGUGAGAAGAAUGCAAUGGUGUUGGAGAAGGGUGACACAGUACAGGUAUACGACGGACCUAUUGCUCUCGACAAAACGUUGAUGAUGGGAUUGAAACCCUGGGAAAAGCAGUCUGACAUUCAUUCCUCGUGGCAAGCCUUAUGUGACCCAAGUACCUGUACCUCAGCUCACUCCAGGGGCCAGUUUGGGAACAACAUCCAACAAUGGAAGGAUAAGUCCUAUGGCCGGGUAUCAAUUGAUACCGUGACAGUGACUGACGAGUCCAGUUGCUCUCAUUGCAAAUACAAAUCCAAGCCAAUCAGACCACCCUACAUGACUCAAUGUAACAGUAAUCCUGCAAGAGAGAAUUCCAAUGUGCAAAAUUAUCCCCCCAGUAGCCAAUUUUUCACUCAUCUGAAUCCACUUACAUCAGGAGCCCCUCAGCCCUGCAACAACACCACACCACUGAAUGGCAUGAUGUCCCUGUUGCAAUCCUCUGGUGGUCUGGAUGGAACAGAUGGAAAUAUUCUAGAUCUUCAGUGCCUCAACAUAGGUGACUGGGACCCAGAAAAUGAAACUUUCUCUUUAAAUGAUGAAGAUGCCUCUUGGGCUGAUAGAAAUGUUAGUGAGGGUGGUUCGUGGAGUGACGGAAGCCUUGAUGCCAUCUCCUCGUGCAGCAGGCUGGAACCAGACCUUGGUUAUCCAAAGGUAUCACUGGAUUUAGAUACUGUUGAUAGUGGAUUCACUGAAACGGAUCCCUAUUUUAUGACUGCUGUUGAUUUGGGAUGUAAUAAUAAUAUGGGCACUGAUGGAGCUGCAUACGGAAAAGAGCCAAAUGAUAACAGCCUUGCCAAUUCAGAGGAGCAAAAGCAGUAUUACAGGAGCUACGUGAAGCAAUGGGUGAAGUCCCCAUCCACUAGUGCGGACUGCAAUGCUCAAGGUUAGCCCUGGCCGGCUCCUAACUUUUGGCACGUGCAAGUCUGUCAGAAUGCCAUCCCUACAUAGGUAAAAAUGACAGCACUAUGGGGGAUCGAAUCACCUAUAAAGAUGGUUGUCCUGGGUUUUUUCUAUUAAUUGAUUUUGAAUGCUGUAAAGGGAAGUGUGUUCCAGACAUGUCUUCCUAUGCUGAUUUGUUAAGACAACCCAAGCCUCAGCAAGCGUUCCUGCUGUUUGUCCCCAACAGUGUGAUCUUUGACUUGGAUUCCCUACCUGUGUGCUACUUGGAAAUUUUUCUAAUUAUCCCAAUCUUCAAAGCCUCUAAUAUACCUCAUCCCCACUGUUAUCAGUAGAUUUUUAGCCAACGAAGGAAAUAA